UCUAUAGUAUAAUAAAAUUUCGAUUCUGGAAAGUCUCGUUCAUCGUCGUCUUGCAGCAUAAGAGAAACCGAAUCGUUAAUGGAGGUCGCUUCAAAGAGAAGGAGAGAACUCGAAGCUGCUGUGCUCGACAAGGUCGGGGAAGUCAUCUCUGCCGUAAGGAGCGCCCAGCGUGUCGACCAAGUCAUUUGCGCGCUUCACUCCCUCGCUGUCCUUCUCUUCCCUCUUGAUUAUUCCUCUCUUCUCUCAGGUAGUAUUGACCAGCGCUAUAGAGAUCAGGUCCUUAGUGCCAAGGUUCCUUCAGAAGAGGAGAGGUGGGAGUGGUGGCAGGCAUUCUACCACGGUGCUGCAUAUCCGACAUUGGCACGGGUUCUGUUGCUUGAUGUUGCUUCCAAUUGGCUAGCUUGUUUCCCCCUUUCAGCACGUGUACAUGUCUAUGAUGUUUUCUUUGUUCGUGGGCUUUCCAGUGAGGUUGUUCAGACCUUGGUUCCUUGUCUACAGCAGAAUGCAAGUGAUGGCCAUGAUAUUAAUUAUGUCCUCUCAAAUACUGAAAGACUACUUGUACACUGCUUGCUGGAAAAUGAUGGGGUACUCCAGAUGGCUAGAGAAUUUUGCCGGUCUGAGGAUUCUAUAAGUGAAUGGACUAAGCCAACUGUAGCUAGGCUUGCACAGAUGGUUGCAUCCAUUCCUGAUAAAGCACGAUUAAGAGCCCCAGUUUCACUUUCCUCACAUUUGUUCUUCAAGCAGAUUACCAUUCAACUUCUUUCGCUAGCAGAAAAAAGGGACGAGAAAGUACUGGAUAAAGUAUCUUUCUUCAGUAAAAGUGACGUUGAUGAUGCUUUGCAAUUUGUUGGGGAAACAUUUUCUCGCAUUUGUAGACGUGGAUCUGCAGAUGUGCUUUUAAGUGAAAUAUCCCCCCGGAUUCUCAGGCAUGUUCAGAGCCUUUUAUCGUCAGAUAUUGAUUCAGCUGUUAUUGAUGUAUUUGAGGCACACCCUGGUUCUCAGUUUUGGUUGAAGAUGAUUGAAGCUAUCAAGGAUGUGUAUGCUGUGGAAAGAAUUUCUGAGCAGCUUCUGCAUCAUUUAGUAACUGAACAUGCGAGUGAUGUUGAAGCCUACUGGAUUUUGUGGCUUUUGUUUCAUCGAACAAUUAGACAUCAAACAUCAGUGAGGUCCAUGUUUGUUGACAAAUUUGUACUCUGGAAAACAUUUCCUAUCUGUUGCCUGCGAUGGAUCCUUCAAUUUGCUGUUCUAGAGUGCCCACCAGAUUCUAAUUCACUAACAAAAGGUCAUAGUAUAAGUGGACUUGUGGACACUUUGCAGCGUCUGCUAGCAGUCUGGUCUAAAAAGGAGUUUGUGCAAUCAGCCUCGAUGGAGCAACAAACUUAUGUUUCUGCUGCCGUGGGCCUUUCCCUGGAGAAGAUGUCUAAAGAGGAACUGGAUGAGACUAAAGAUGUGAUGCACUUGAUUCUUCAAGGAGUUAGCUGUAGGCUGGAGAGCCCUAAUCAUUUAGUUCGCAAAAUGGCUAGCGGCGUGGCUUUAGUGUUCUCUAAAGUAAUUGACCCAAAAAAUCCUUUAUACCUUGAUGAUAGCUGCAGUAGUGACAUUAUUGACUGGGAGUUUGGGUUGGCUACCCCUGACAAAGGAAAUCUAGAUACUUCAGAUUGCACAGAAAAAGAUGUUCUGAAAAGUAAAGCAUCUAUCUUGGCACCAGAAAGUGACUUCAACCAUACAGCCAACAGAGGGAUGAGCAACAAUGUGAAGAGUAAAACCAAGAAGUUAUCGGAAUUUAAGAUUGCUGAUCCAGAUGAGAUCAUUGAUCCUGUGACACUGAAUAAUGAACCAGUCUCUGAUAUAGACGAUGAUGAUGAUAAUGCGAGUGAGAAUUCUGAAUCCUCGAGUGACUCAUCUUUACAGCCGUAUGACUUGUCAGAUGACGACACAGAUCUUAAAAGAAAAUUUUCACAGUUGGUUGAUGUAGUUGGGGCACUACGGAAAUCUGAUGAUGCUGAUGGGGUGGAGAGGGCUCUUGAUGUUGCUGAAAAUCUUGUGCGUGCAUCACCUGAUGAACUUAGGCAUGUAGCUAGUGAUCUAGUAAGAACUCUUGUACAGGUUCGUUGCUCUGACUUAGCUGUUGAAGGGGAGGAAGAAUCAGCCGAAGACAAGAGGCAGAGAGCAUUAGUUGCCUUGCUUGUCACAUGUCCAUUUGAAUCUCUAGAUACUCUAAACAAACUAUUAUAUUCUCCAAAUGUAGAUAUCAGCCAGCGCAUUAUGAUUCUUGAUGUCAUGACUGAUGCAGCUCAGGAACUUGCUAAUGCUAAAACUGUGAAACCUAAACAUCGGACAGGGUCACUCAUAACAAGCAUUUCAGAGAGUCAACCAUGGUUCUUGCCCAGUGGCUCAGGGCCUCCUGGAGCUACUUCCUGGAAAGAGAUCUCAGACACGGGAACUUUACUGAACUGGUCGAGUCGUUAUGAGAGGGAACUUCCCUCGAAAUCAGGUCAGAUCAAGAGAGGGAAGACACGCCGAUGGAGCCUAAGAUCAUCAAGUGUACAAGAAAACCAGAUGGAAUGGUCCCAUAAUAAGUUUCCUGUGCAUGCAGCAGCCUUUAUGCUUCCUGCCAUGCAAGGCUUUGAUAAGAAAAGGCAUGGUGUUGACUUGCUUGAUAGGGAUUUUGUUGUCCUUGGGAAACUCAUCUAUAUGCUUGGUGUUUGUAUGAAAUGUGCAGCCAUGCACCCAGAAGCAUCUGCAUUGGCUCCCCCUCUUCUAGACUUGUUAAGAUCGAGGGAGGUAAGUCAUCACAAGGAAGCAUAUGUUAGAAGAGCUGUUCUCUUUGCUGCCUCGUGCAUAUUGGUAGCACUUCAUCCCUCUUACGUAGCAUCUUCCUUGGUUGAAGGAAAUCUUGAAGUUUCUAAAGGGCUUGAAUGGGUUCGCAUAUGGGCCCUUCAUGUAGUUGAGUCAGACACAGACAGAGAGUGCUAUACGAUGGCUAUGACAUGUCUCCAACUACAUUCUGAGAUGGCCUUCCAAGCUUCCCGAGCACUAGAAUCAGUAGAAACUACGUUCAAGACAAGGAGCGUUGGUCUCCCUUCCAAUCUAUCCCAGGGGACAAUCAAAAUCCCCACUCACAAGGGAAAUAUUGAUUUUGUUUAAAGAAAUUAUAUUUGCAGUUUUAAGAUAUACAAGUCUCUUGCAUUUCUUUUAAAAAAAGUAAGUAUAUAUGAGAAUUACAUGAGAAUUUUAUUUUUUUAAUAGCGAACUCUACUUUUUUUUACAGAAAGUGUGCACUCCAAAAUAUCUAGAAUUAUUGGUUUGUUUAUAUUACACUGUAAGCUCUUUUUGUACAAUCCCAAUGCUUUAAUUCUAGGCUCUUUAU